GCUAUUUUGUGAGUGCAACAAGCAACAGCCCUGCAACCACAAACUCCGCUCUAGUCUGCUUCCUCUCUGCUAGCAAGCAUGGGCGAGACACUCAAGAAGGAUCCCGCGAUUGAAAGAUGGGUGGAGAUGCGACACGACCUAUACCGCAACUUUCGGUGGACGAGCAAAUCAACACGACAGGUAGCGAUGUGGGGCGUUGCUUUCCCCGUUGCUCUCUACUACCUCGCCUAUGCGACAGAGGGAAAGUGGCAGCUGCGCGGCAAGACUCGAGGAGAGUCAAUCACCGAGAAGUAGGCUGCUCUCUUCUGUAUCUUGCUAUGAGGUUGAAGACGGUACAGAUGCAGAUGGAGCAAAGACAGACGAUAUUAUACUAUACGACUGGUUCUGAAGCGGUCAGUGUCAGUCUGAUGUUGACCGGCUAUCCAGCGCACCUAGAUCAUUCACAUCACGAUCAUUCUCUCCAAUGCUGCUUGAGACUCUAUCCGCAACUACGCCAUGUCCUGCCAGUGACAAUGAG